AUGGAAGAUCACGAAGAAGUCAUCGAAACACAGGUGCCUCAGAUAUCCAAAAAAUAAGCUCUCAAAAAUUGGAUGCAGUUUGAAAUGAGCGAGGAAAUUGCUGAGGCUCUCGUGGCAAAUAAAUUUAUGCAGCCCACAGAAGUACAAUCCUAAAGUUUAGUCUAUCUCAAUGCUCAUGUUGAUAUGGUCAUCGCAGCAAAAACAGGACAGGGUAAAACUCUAUGCUUUGGAAUUCCUAUCCUUGAUCUACUUUGCAAGAGACUUAUUAAAGAAGCAGAAAGUGAUGAUGUUGAAGAGUAUAAAAGCAUCAAGGCUCUAAUAAUGAGUCCAACUAGAGAAUUGGCUAUCUAGAUUAAAGAUCAUAUUUAGGCAGUAGUUCCAGUCUAAUACUAGGAAAAGAUAAAACUUUGUCCCCUGGUAGGAGGAAUGUCAGUACAAAAGCAGGAGAGAUUGUUGUCUUAUAAUCCUACUGUUAUCAUAGCAACACCAGGUAGACUUUGGGAGCUGCUUAAUGAAAGAAUGAACCCAUACUUGCAGAGUGAACUACCAAUGAUUGAUGUUCUUGUACUAGAUGAGGCAGAUAGAAUGAUAGAGGAUGGCCAUUUCAAAGAGAUGAAAUAUAUUCUAGAUUAUGUUUAUAGCAAGAGAGUCGAAUUUAAAAAAUUGAGAAUCCUUAAGACAAAGGUAUCUUAGUAAGAAGUAACCCCAGAAGAGCAAGAAAAAAGGAAGAAGAUUAAAGAGGAAGUGUUAACAAAGACUUAAAAAAGAAAGAAUGAUUUUGUUGUUAAGCAAAUAGAGUCAGCGAGAGGAGUGAAGUUUGAUAUGUCUAAAGUUGUAGACCUCUAUGAUGAAUCGGAAAUGCUUGAUGAGAUUAACCCUGAAGACCUUCUUAUUGAUGAUUAGGACAAAGAAGAGAAAAAAGAGGAAGAUAAAACUGGAAAUAGCAAGAAAAAGAGAUUAUCAUAGCAUCAAAUAGCUUUGGAACAAGAAGAAAAAUUUGCUAAGGAAUAUAAAAAGAUGGGUGGAAUAUAGCAUAUUAUUUGCUCUGCUACAAUGACGAUUGAUCCAAGCGGCAGAAUUACACCGAAGAAGGCAAAGAAAUUGAAGAAGCAAGGUCAUAAUAAAUAAGAGAGCAUUAACACUCUAGAGCAAUUAUGCAAGACUCUUAGAUUUAGAUCUAAGCAACCAAAGGUUAUUGAUUUGACAGAAGAAGAAAGAAUGCCAGCUACACUUAAAGAAUAUGCAAUCAAGUGCGAAUAAAAAGAGAAGGAUCUCUAUGUAUAUUAUUUCUUACGACAAAAAUCAGCUGAGUCCUGCAUUAUCUUCAGUAACUCUAUCACUUGCACUAAAAGAAUCAGCAGUUUAUUAUCAUUCCUAAAAAUCCCAAAUAAUUGCCUGCAUUCUAAAAUGUAACAGAGGUAAAGACUAAAGAACCUUGAUAGAUUUAAGUCUUAGGUUUAGGCUAUAGAAAGUGGAGUUAGUACGAAUUCAGCAGUCUUGGUAUGUACUGAUGUAGCAGCUAGAGGUCUCGAUAUCCCAUAUGUAUAAAAUGUAGUCCACUAUCAAUGCCCUUUCAAUGCUGAGAUAUAUAUUCAUAGAUGUGGUAGAACAGCUAGAAUUGGACGUGAAGGUGAAUCUUUGGCUUUGUUAGCUGCCGAGGAUGAAAAGAAUUUUAAGAUUAUUAGAAAAGUUUUGAAAAAAGACACUUCAACUAUUGAAAUGUUUUCAGUGAGCUAUUAUCAAUUAUCGAAGCUUGAACCUUUAGUUGAAGCCGCCAAAGAGUUUGAAUCGGUUCUUCAUAGGACUACUAAAGAAGAAAAGAGUGCAAGUUGGAUGCUUAAAAUGGCUAAAUAGGCUGACCUGUAGCUAGAUGAUGAAGAUGAAAAAACUAUUUUAGGCCUUGAUGAAAAUGGAGCAAGUAAAAAGAAAAAGAAGAAGGAAAUAAAAGCCCCUAUUGAUAUAUUUGACACUGAUUUAGCUAAACUAGAGAGAUUACAAGAUGGCGAAGGUGCUAGGCAUAAAACCAAGCAAUUAUCAAAAGUUUAGUAAAUGAAAAGCAGAUAUGAUAAUCUUAAGUCAUAAGAAUAGUUUAAGAAGAUCUCAAAUAGUUCAUUCCUAACACCAGAAGCUGCCUCAUACUUGAAUGAACUAAUCAAGAAGAAUCAAACUAAUGUAGACUAGGAGUUAGUAUUUGCAGGUUAGCAUUCUGAAAAUGUUGGCCCAAAGAAAUUCAAAAGAAAGGAGAAGUUUACCUCUAGAUAUAAAAACAGAACCAAGAAGAGAAGAAGAAACUGA